CCGACAAACGAUAAUCGACUUCCAUGACCUCUUCUACGAUAUUAUAAUAACGACAGAACGUAGUUUUCGUGACAGAACAAUGAACGUGGGACCACACGAUUACCAAGAGUCUGACGAGGUUUCCGAAGCGUUCUCUGAUGGGACGAUAUCAAGAUGCAACAGCGUGGAGAAGAUGACCGUGACCGUUCUGGCAGACGGCCUGGUAGAGGAGAGGUUUCGUGUCGAUAGAAGAAAGUUAGAGGCGAUGAUUUUGGGAAGCCCCUCUGAUCCAUGGGACACCGAGAUAAUGAAGCUUCCGAUUGAUAUAGAAGGUAGAAUUUUAUCAGCUGACGACUUCUUUCAGAGGAUUAUGGAUGAGACGAAGACGGAGAUCAAGUACCCAAAGUUCCUGAAAGUUGGUGCAAGAAACAAAAAAGAUCCACAUGUACGAAUAGUUGGAAGCCCAGAGUCCGUACGAGUGGCAGGUGCCAUGGUGCGGCAAGAACUCGAGCCUCACAAUAAGGUUACGAUGAAAAUGGAUGUGUCCUGGACUCACCAUUCUCAUAUCAUAGGAAAAGGAGGCAACACAAUACAGCCAGUAGUAAAGAGAACAGGUGUGAGCAUUCAUUUUCCUGACGGUAAUAAAAACAGUGAAGUGCGCAAGAGUAAUCAGGUGUCGAUAAACAGUCGGGGUGAAGAGCUAGCCGGCUUGGAAGAUGCUCGUGGUGCUAUUCGAGAGCUGACUCCCCUCGUCUUCUCCUUCUCCCUCUCCGCAAAUGCUCAGUUUGUGAACAUAUCUGACCCAAACAUGCUGAUCUUCCAUGUGCAGAAUACGUAUAAUGUUCAGGUUGAUUUGAAACUUAGCGGAGAUGUAUCUCCACAUAUUAUUGGUUCUGUGAGGGGAAGCGAGUGGGAUGCUCCUCGUGUAAAGGAAGCUACACUAUUAAUUUUGCAAGCCUAUUGUGACAAUCUUGCAAAUCAAAUGCCAGUUCAAAUGACAGUGGAGAUUUCUCCACAACACCAUUCUUUUGUUCUCGGACGCAAUAAUGAAAACUUGAAGCGUAUAAUGCAACGUACAGCGACGAAGAUAACCUUCCCAGAUAGUAAUGACCUUUCACUGCCACCUCUGAAGAAGUCGACAAUAACCAUCUCUGGUGCAAUUGAUAAUGUAUAUCUAGCAAGACAAAAUAUAGUGGGUUCUCUACCACUGGUUCUUAUGUUUGAUCUGAUGCCGGAUCACUUUGUGGACUCGAGUGAAGUCGCACAAAUUAUGCAGACCCUUGAUGUUCAUAUUAUCAUCAAGAACAAGAGAUCAGAUGGAAGACGCCCUGUUAUUAUCAAGGGAGCAGAGAAAAAUGCAGGUAACAUAUAUGAAGCGUGGCGUCUGUUGUCGCAGUUGGAGAAAGCACCACCAAAAGCAAGAAUACCCCCAAAUUACCAUAUAUCGGAAGCAGCACCGCUGUAUGGGCUUAGCACAGAUCUGAACCUGAGCUGCUGGCUGGGUGGCGGCAGUGGAGGGUCAUCCCCCCUGCCCUCCCCCACCGCCACUCCUGGCCCCCAGGGAGUACCCAACCCUAUCUGGAACCAGGCCCCGUCCACUAACAGCACUUUGCCUCCUCACUUGAGUAGAUCUCAGUACAAUGCCUUCAUGGUAGAUCCAAGCAAUUACUAUGCCGCUAACUUGCUGCUUCGCACUGGCGGAAUUAAUGGGUGUAACAACAACUGCAUCUUGCCAAACUCAUCUCAAGGUGUUGGUGCCAAAACAGGAUUGAAUAUCAAUGCAGUUAGCAAUGGAAUCAGUGGGUUAAAAAUAGCUUGCAACGAUGCUUCAUGCGGAACAAGCAGCAACAGUGGGAGUUCAUUAUCAUCACCAACUCCAUCCCCACGCAACCCAUCACCAGAGCAGAUGGUUUCCUGCCACAUGGGCACCCCAUCGCAGCAGACCAAUUGUAACGAAGCAGACCAAUCUUCCAGUGAUAUAAAUGCUAUUUCUGCAUUACUGACUGACUUUGAUCGCCGUGCUCCAGGAUGUGAGAAAAAGCAAAUUGAAAUGGCAGCACAGAAAUUGACCUUGUCAGAUUACAGCUCAAAGAAAGUGCAGGCUGCUAAAGCAAUGAAGGAACAAGUCAGCUCAAACCCCCGUACUCCAACCUCCAAUUGGUCAGGUUAUGGCUUUAGCAAGUCUCUCCCAGGCUACAUAAAAAUAUUUGUGUUUUUGCCUUCAGAGUUCUGCUGGAAUGACCAAUUUUCUCAUGAGGAAACCCCCAAGUUCUAA